CAUCUAACUAUACCAACCUAAUAGCUAAUGAGUAACAAAUUUGUAAAUAAGAGCUAAAAAAAAGUAAACAAAUAAUAAAGUUUAUCUUUUAAAAACUAUGGUGAGAUUGCAUAGAGUUAAUAAUUGAAAAUGAGUAUAACAAGUAUAUCACAAGUUGCAACUCUUUUAAGACCUGUAAGCAAUGAAGUUUUCAAGGGGAAAGGAAAAUUAUGUUUGUCUACUAAUUACUUAUAUAAAUUAAAUAAUGCUUUUGAAGCAAAUAUUACUGAAGAAACCAGUUUAUCUUUCCAUAUAGUUCAAACAAGUAAUUCAAAAACUAAUUAUAUCAGAGACUUGCAGUUUUUGUUGGAUCUUGUACAGAGAACAGUGAGUUUAAAAGUUGUUCCAGAUGUUACAGAUGAGUUUAGCAAUGUGGAUAUUACUAGAUUUAAAAACAUAAAGGUCCUAGAGAUACAAAAGGUCGAUAUAAUGUCUAUAACUGGCUUACAGAAAAUAAGACCUCAACUACAAGAAUUGACUUGCUGCCACAGCAUAAAUUCUUUAACCGAUGUCUUGGAUAAAUGUGGAAGUGAUAAUAGCCAACGUUAUAAUUGGAACGAAUUAAAGAGAGCAAAUUUUUGUCAUAAUAAUAUUGUAGAACUAGAUGAUAGUUUAGAUUGUAUGAUAAUGCUGCAAUCGCUGGACCUAAGUCACAAUCAGAUUAAUAAAGUGGAUUUUUUAAACCAGUUGCCAAAUUUGAAAUACUUAAACAUUUCUUACAAUAAACUUGAUAAGGUUCCAAGAUUUAAAGGACAAAUUUGCAGUCGACUACAGGUUUUCAUACUUAAAAAUAACUUUAUUGAAGACCUAAGUGGAUUAACAACUUUAUCUAAUAUUGUACAGUUGGACCUUAGCCAUAAUUGUUUAUUAGAGCAUAAAAGACUGUUUUCUGUUUCUCAUCUUAUAUCUCUCCAAUGGUUAAAUAUUCAGGGAAACCCGAUCAGUUUCCACCCACAGCAUCGUAACCUAACUUGCAAUUAUUUGAAUAAAAAUAGUUCUACACUAAAAUUUGUACUCGAUAAUAUCCCAUUAAACAAAAUAGAGAAGAGCCUCACUGGGUCACUGUACCCAAUUUUCCAAACAUCAUAUUUAUCCAUAUCUUCUAAUUCUUCAGACGAAUCAACCAGUGAUUCUUUCCAAGAACGAACAAGGAAAAUACGAAAUGUUACAAUUGAGGACGAUAAUACAGUAAAGCAAGAAAUUCCCAUUGCUGCUACGCCAACAACAUCAUUUCAACAUUUAGAAUUAAAAAAACAGGUAGAACAGUUAAGGGAAGAAUAUGGAGAGUCUUGGUUAUAUCGUCAUUCUGGCAUGUUAGUACAAGAUGCACUGGGAUUUGAAAAGAGUUCAGUUGUUUCAUCAACCCCAUAUGAGUCUGCUAUGGAUACUUUGUAUAUAGAGAAUCAAAGUAAAAGAGAAGUUACUGCUGAUUCUGCAGAAUUCGUGACGGCCGAUUCAAAAUUAAAUCAGGCAACAACAACCGAAGAUGGUUUUCAAACAGCUGACGGUGAUUCUACCAUAUUUAGUAAUACAAUACAAGCACAAGAAGACAAUACAUCUGAUGUCUCUGAUGGCGAAGAUAUUUGUUCUGGAGGGGAAGAAUGUAUCUAUUUGGUAAUCAAUAUUAACGAAUCCGAUCAGGUUUUUGUAGUCGUCACAGAAACACACAUAUCUGAGAGAGAUGUAACUACAAGCAAAGAAAAAGCAAGGUGGCAUAUUAAUACUAUUAGUUCGUGUGAAAAAAUGGAAGACAAUCAGAACUUAAUAAAGAUUGAAUUUGACACAUUAAGGCGGGACCGUAAACAAAGAAUUUAUGAAUUAGAUCCAGAUGAAUGUGAAAAUUUUUAUACUUCAAUUCAGGAGAAAAUUGCCAAGGCUGAUAAGUCAGUUGAAAAGAAAAUAAUGUAUCAAUGCAUGAAAUGUUUAGAAUUGUUUCCAGAACAGAACAAAAAUGCACUGCUAGAAGGACCUUCGGUCACAUGUCCCAAAUGUAAAAGUAACUUAGUUGUUGAGAAUAUUUAACUAACAUAAAAUAUUAUUUUAUAUGACUUAUUAUUGGCAAGAUUUAUGAGACUAUAAUACUUAUGCAAAAGUGUAUUUGUUACAUGAGAUUUUUAGUAUAUUUUAAAAGUUUGUAAGAUAUAGGAAGUGUUUACAUCUUUUGGAUAAUUUUUGUUAUGCAAUGAAACUAGAAAAUGUGAAAACUAUUGCUGAUUAUGUUGUUUACUAAGAUCAUGAAGGGACGGCAUAUACAAGUACAUUUUUUUUUAUAGGUGUUGGUGAUGCACUGACUAAAUAUUGGCUGUGAUUUAUCCCACGAAAAUAUAUUUCUUCUUUAAAUAUGUACAAUUUAAGAAAGAUCAUUUAGCAUUUAAUUUGCAUUAAACAUUUAUUGUAUGAAAAGUGUGUGACAUAGUAUGAACUAAUAUAAAAGAAAAUAGAAAAGAAUAAUUAAA